AUGUUGCUUCUUCUCUGUUGGUUCUGUGCUUGUGUAGCAUGUAAGAGGGGCGUAGUUGCCUUUUCUCAUCUCAGGCUGCAACCUGCAGUGUCCACUGCAGUGUCCACGGUGGCAGAGACGGGGGCCGCUGUGGUCGAGGCCAAGCUGCCUGACGUCUCCAGCAGUGCAGCUGCCCUGGCGGAGGGUGCAUUCCCGAAGAGCGAAGAGGAGGGCGAAGCCGAGGUCAACCUGGAACCCGUGCAAGAACUGAAGGAAAAGGAAGACAAGGAGGAAAAGGGCUCAGAUGGCUUGCAGGAGGCUUCUCUCAGCCCUGCCUUGAAACCCAUCAUUGUGUCUGGCCUGCCGCGGGAUGCAGAAGAUAAGGAGGGGUGUGAUGCAAGCGAUUGCAAGCCGCCCUCCCCGGAGCCUGAAGGUCCAACAGACGUGCAGACUGCAGAGUCAGUCAUAUGUUCGGCGGCUGCAGAUGAGGAAAAUAUUGAUGUCGCACCGGAGGAAUCUCAGGACGUACAGCUCCACGCAGCCGAGCCGCUGGUUGAGCCAUCGUCUCUCGCAGAAUGCGACGAACCAGUCGGGAAUACAGAGGAUGCAGCGACGGACGAGGCGCUGGAAUUGGGGCUCGCGCCCGCCACACCUUGCAGCCAAGAGGAUCGUCAGCAUCCUGAUGCAGCGAAGCCGAACGAACCAGAGCCCGAGAUUUCGCAGACGAGUGCAAGUCCUCAGUCAUGCGAAAGCGCAGAAACGCCUGCCGAAUGCGCUGACUGCAUGGAGCUACAGGAGACGCAAGAACACGUUGCAGACUCAGUGGCAGACGGACGGGAAGCCUGCAGGAUCCUCGUCGCAGCUCAAACUCCAUCGCCUGACCCUGCGGAAACUACGCCAGAGGACCUCUCGCAGGAGCAGGCGUGCCCUAGCCCAAACGAUCUGAGCGAGUCCAGUGCAGUCCAGGCCCAGAACAGCGACGACACCUUGGAGAUGGAAGUGCCGGAGGUCAAGGAGGCGGACUUGUGUGCCGACUGUCCCAGCCUGCUGGCAUGCUCACCGAUCCAGGGCCAGCCGGCAUCGGUCUGUGGGACGGAGUCGGACCGUGACCGAGGAAGCCAAGUCAGCCGGCCAGCAGAGCAGCCUUGCACCGUGGUUCAGGCUCGAAUGGAUGAGACUGUGUCUUCCUUGGAGGACCUGGAGGAGCGCCGGGAACUUCAGGUCACGCCGGCCAAGGUAGAGCCGACAGAGCUGACGGCAGAGCUUGCCUCAGCAUGUGCCCGUCUCCGUCUGGAGGAAAGUCGCAAUCGGCCAUCUCCAAGGACGACCACCUCCUCGUCCAGCAUCUUGGGCCGGUUUGAGCAGACAUCCUCCCUGGAACCACUUCUAAUGAUCUGUCAGGAGGUUCCCAACACCGUCGGGGUGCAUCCACCUGCGCGAGGCGAGUGGGCCCUGGGUAAGAGCAGUUGGUUUCAGCGCGGCUUUGCACGGGGUCCACAGUCCAGAGGUAAUUAA